AGUGAGAUGGUUGAUAAUUAACAAGAACCCUGCUUUCUUCACUUCAAGUUGUUGUUCUCCUUAAUAUCACUGUGAUGAUGAGUGAAUAUUAAGAAAUAUAUAUUGUGUAUUCUGUUGAAGAUGGUGUUAGUUUUAGCAAUAGGAGACCUUCACAUUCCUCACAGGGCAUCUGAUCUCCCACCAAAGUUCAAAUCCAUGCUUGUUCCUGGCAAGAUUCAGCACAUCAUUUGCACUGGCAAUCUCUCCAUUAAAGAAGUCAAUGAUUAUUUGAAGAGUCUUUGUCCUGAUUUGCAUGUCACUCGAGGUGAAUACGAUGAAGAUUCACGUUAUCCAGAAACUAAGACACUCACCAUUGGUCAAUUCAAACUUGGAAUAUGUCAUGGUCAUCAGGUGAUUCCUUGGGGCGACUUGGAUUCAUUGGCUAUGCUACAGAGGCAAUUGGAUGUGGACAUCCUUGUGACUGGUCAUACCCAUCAGUUCAAGGCCUACAAACAUGAGGGCGGUGUUGUUAUAAAUCCUGGAUCUGCUACCGGUGCUUAUAGUAGUUUCACAUAUGAUGUAAACCCAAGCUUUGUACUGAUGGACAUAGACGGUUUGCGUGUUGUGGUUUACGUAUAUGAACUAAUUGAUGGCGAAGUAAAGGUUGACAAAAUUGAUUUUAAGAAGACAGCAACUACUCGUUCGGCACACUGAUGCAAUCUUGUGAUGAUAACAACUUCAUCCCUUGCUUUCUUUGUGUAGAUAGAAGCUUUGUUUUUAAGAAAUUCUGAAAUUCUCCUGAAUAGUUUUUGCUGGAUGCAAAAAGAAUAGUUUGAGAUGAAUAAUUUAGAGUUUGUUUGGUUACAUA